CAUCAUCAAAUUUAAGACGUAAAAAAAAUAAUAAUACUACUAGUACAUUUAGUAGUUCAGCUACAUCAUCUCUUAGAGAUAUAUUUAACGGUAUAGCGAAAGACAAUAUCUCAGCAUCUUUUCCAAUUCAAAAAAAUCACUAUAAAAACUCAUCUAUGAUACCCAUUGGUAAAAUUAAUGAACUUGAUGAUUUAGCAGUUAAUAUUAAAAAAGAUAUAUCUGUUCACGUCAGUCUAGCUCAAUUAUCUACGAAAAUUGCUGAAAAAACUCCUGAAGUAUCAUGCCAAUUAUCUAAUAAGUCUCAACAGCAAUCUGCAAAGUCAAAGAAAAAAAUACCAGAAAAAAGCAUAUCUAAAGUCUUAAAAGCUUCAAUAUCAUCUUCAACUGGUAAACUUGAUGUAAUGAUCACAGAUUUUUCAUCGAUAUCACCUAAAUAUACAGCAAUUUAUAAUGAAGAUAUCAAGAGUAAGAAACUGAAAGCUUUUGAUGAUUCACAAACAAAAU